GCGCACUAGACCUCUUUUCCACAGUGUUAGUUGAGGGGUAUUUUGUCGGGUUAUUUUAGUGAGCUAACUCUAAAUUCAGAAUGCCGGAGACAUCAAAAAUGAAUGGAUUUGCGAAAACAAAUGGACACAGUUUUGACAUGGAAGAUGGAUCAGUGUUUUUAUUCACAUCAGAGUCUGUCGGCGAGGGCCAUCCAGAUAAAAUGUGUGAUCAAAUAAGUGACGCUAUCCUUGACGCACAUUUGUUACAAGACCCUGAUGCAAAAGUAGCAUGUGAAACCGUAACAAAAACCGGAAUGAUCUUAUUGUGCGGUGAAAUCACAUCGAAAGCUAAUAUUGAUUAUCAGAAGGUUGUAAGGGACACAGUGAAGCACAUUGGUUAUGAUGAUUCCUCUAAAGGUUUUGAUUGGCGAACACUAAACUUAUUAUUGGCAAUUGAAGAACAAAGUCCCAACAUAGCAGAUGGUGUGUACACAUCUCGAGAGGAAAUAGAUGUAGGGGCAGGAGACCAGGGCUUAAUGUUUGGGUAUGCAACAGAUGAAACAGAAGAAUGCAUGCCACUUACUGUGGUACUGGCCCACAGACUAAAUCAAAAAAUUGCAGAACUCAGGCGAAAUGGAGAAUUUUGGUGGGCUCGCCCUGAUUCAAAGACUCAGGUUACAUGCGAAUAUGUAUUUGCGGAAGGCGCAACAGUCCCACAGCGGGUUCAUACAGUAGUUGUAUCGCUCCAACAUUCUGAGAAGAUCACACUUGAGACACUGCGUGAAGAGAUCAAAGAAAAAGUAAUCAAGGAUGUAAUUCCAGCCCAAUACCUUGAUGACAGAACCAUAGUGCACAUCAACCCAUGCGGCGUCUUCAUCAUCGGUGGUCCACAGUCUGACGCUGGGUUGACGGGUCGUAAAAUCAUAGUAGACACAUAUGGUGGCUGGGGUGCUCACGGUGGCGGCGCUUUCUCUGGCAAAGAUUUCACCAAAGUGGAUAGAUCCGCUGCCUACGCCGCUCGUUGGGUCGCCAAGUCACUCGUUAAAGCUGGUCUCUGCAAACGCUGCAUGGUGCAGGUUGCAUAUGCAAUUGGAGUUGCAGAGCCCUUAUCCAUCACUGUCUUCGACUAUGGCACAUCACAUAAGACUCAACAGGAGUUGCUUGCCAUUGUUUUGAAGAACUUUGACCUUCGACCGGGUAAAAUCGUGAAGGAACUUAACCUCAGAGCACCUAUAUAUCAGAAAACAAGUACAUACGGGCACUUUGGUCGUGAAGGAUUUCCAUGGGAGAAUCCCAAACCGCUCGUCGUAGAAUGACUUCGGACGUAAGUCCUUCAGCAUUGUAAAUAUUCCAUCAGUAUAUUGUACACUUAAUCUACGUGUGUCUUUGUAGUGAGGGCGCGAAGAUUUUACGCUGUCUCUCUAUAGGCAUUAAUGUUUAUGUAAUAUGCAUUAUACAUCUCUUGAAUGGAACCAUCACUUCAAGGCAUUUGUCUUAUGGUUUCACUUUAGAGAUAUACCGUAAAUUAAGUAUUCCUUUAGAUUGGAUAUAGGCUUAAAACAGUGCCGCCAUUUCUGAAUUUGAGUUAGUUCCGGGGUUUUAAUGGGCAGUUCCAUUGUUUCGUCCUAUAUUUUGUGAUUCCUACAGUGCCUAUUAUUUUAUAAUUAAGUUAGUUAUUAUGCAGUGGAUGCCAUGAACUACCCAGUUAGUCUGAUUUUUUAGACACUUUUUAUAUGAUCUUUAAUAAUGGACUGCCUCCAAUCUCGAAUCUUUUACACUGUGAAUUUUAUAUUAUAAGUGCUAGUUUUUGGUAGAGUAGACUACUUUCCUGAUCGCGUCACAGUGUAGCUAGUAUCAGGAAGACAUGAGUCUUCCUCUUCCUGGCUCACUGCAAACAUUGUACUGCUUGGUGUGGCGUAUUUAAUAUAUUAUUUUACUGGCUUAUAUUGAUAUUUUAAAAAUUGUUGCUUUGAAUAUAUAUGGUAUAUAAUGAAGUAUGCUUUUAUCCUUUUUACGUCACAACUUGUUCAGUAUAGUUUGUGUUGUGUUUCCGAAAAGGAACAUAGUGGAAAAGAGCCAUUUUGAAAACACACCGAUUCGUUCAGGGCAGUAGUGCACUGUGCAUUUACUCCAGGUAUGUAAUAUCUCUAAUAGGUUUAAAUAGGAGCAAUGCUAACCGUACGUGUAUGUCAUUAGGAUUUAACUUCGAAUUUUGACUAUUUCGUAGAGCGGUUAGUAAGUAUUUGUGAUUAUAUUUUUUGAUUUGUUCCAAUUUUGACCUGUUCAAUGUUUCCAAUUAACUUAAUGUGAAUUAUCGAUUUAUCAGAUUGUGAAAUUUCAUUAAAACUAAUAAUAAAUUAUGUUCACCCGGCACAUCGGGCGUGA